GAUUCUGGUCGGGAUUAUUUCAGUGUAACACACCGGAAUGCGGGUGGGGUGUAAACAUACGCACGUGGGAAGGAACAUAUAGUCUGGUUUUGCUGGUUUUAUUCAAUAUUUUGAAUAAAACAAUAAGCCUUUAAUACGUCCUUGAAAAAAGCCGGGACUCCUUUCUGAGCUGUAACACAAAAACUGUUCACAACUUCUGACCAAUCAGAUUUCAGCGUUUAUCCUGGCUGUGAUGUUUACAAGGAAGCUGCUGACGCUGGUGCUGGUGGUGCAACCUGGCCGUGUGCUGCUUGGCAUGAAGAAGCGUGGCUUCGGAGCGGGGAAAUGGAACGGCUUUGGGGGUAAAGUGCAUCCUGGGGAGAGCAUCGAACAAGCGGCGAGACGAGAGCUGCUGGAGGAAAGCGGCCUCACUGUGAACACGCUGCACAAGAUCGGAAACAUCACGUUCGAAUUCGUCGGAGAAACAGAGCUGAUGGAGGUGCACGUGUUCCGGGCAGACGAUUACAACGGCGAGCCGACCGAAUCGGAAGAAAUGAGGCCUCGGUGGUUCGAUCUGGACAAGAUCCCCUAUAGUGAAAUGUGGGCAGACGACGUGUUCUGGUUCCCACUGAUGCUGCAGAAGAAAAAGUUCUUGGGCUACUUCAAGUUCCAGGGUCAUGAUGUGAUAUUGGAGCAAAAGCUGAAUGAGGUGCAGGAGUUUUGAUCUGUUAUCUAAUACGUGAGCAGAGGUACAAGGAGACGAACCUCUGUUGACGCUCGCCUGUAGGGACAAAACCAUCAGCUUGUCCCGGUGACACACGGGGACUGUUUAGACAGGAUUAUAACACACGUCCAGGAGGAUGCGAGUCCUCAGAUGACUAAUUGUACAUUAGUUAGUGUAUUUUUUUAUUCAUUAAAAACUUCUAGGUCGUUCAGCUCAAAAACCGAAUAUAGAAGCUGUAACUAACACCGUUACACUGGAAUACUGUAGAACUUAAGAUGUUCUUCCAAAAUAUUAAGUCUUGAAUAGCUUUUAUUUCCAGUAUGCACUAAUCUGAGCACUAAAUUAGGUGUACAGUAGUGAUGUUAUCAGCCCUGUGAGGUGCACUUUAUACUCUGUACCGUUUAUACUCCAUACUGCCCUCUGCUGGAGGAAGAAAGUAGUACUCUUUUUAGGUUUUAUUGGGGUUUAUUUGUGAAGCACAGCACUGAAGGACCACAUACACGUUAUACUGUUUCUAAUAAAAUUCAGGUUUGUUUUGAAGCCAGUACUUUUUUUUUUUUUUUUUUGUAGAAAUGUGAAACAAUAUUAUUAUUAUCAUUACUGUUAUCAUUACUGUUAUUAUUAUUAUUAUUAUUAUUAUUAUUAUUACUGUGUUUCUUUAGAAAUGCUGAAAUUCUGCCACAGAAUUUUGUUUAUCUUUAGUUAUACCUUAUGGUUUUGUAUAAUAUGACCACAUCGAAUACAAAAAACCCAGAUCAUUUAAAUCUCCUGCUUUAUUACUGAUAAGCAUAAAUGUACAUAUGUUAAUAACAACACAGAGGCAGCUGAAUAAAUGUGCACGCACGUGCCCAGCAUAUUGUUCAAUAAGAAAUAAGAUGUAAUUUGCCCAUAAUACCAGCAGAGGGGAAUCUAGAGCACGUGAUAAAUGUAAAAUCCGUAUAAAUCAUGGCUUCUAUGAACGAAUCAGGAUACUGCAAGAUAAAAGGCCACACUAGUAUAUAACACAUACACGGUCUGUUAGAUAACAUACAAGUAAAAACUACUGGUAUAGAAUAUCUAUAUUUCUCUUUAAGUUAAUAAACAUUUGAUAGCGAUUUGUUUCUUUUAGUUUGCUUCACAUGUUCACCUGAGACAUACUAUGCUAAGCAUUUCUUUAUGCUAUAAGAAAACAAUCAAACAAUCUUUGGUGUAUUCUUCAGACGUCGGUUUCUUCUGAGCAGAUCCUUAAUGUUGACUGUAGGGUUUUUCACACAGGUGAUUGUAAACUGUGGAUGAACAGAAUCCUGGCUUAUGUUUGAGUUUUCGCACAGCAUAUACUUUAACCGGGAUUAACAAUGAAUCCUGGCUCUUUAUAAUCUGACGUUUUACACUGUACUCUGUACAUAAACCCUCCUGCAACCUUCUUCUUAUUUGCCACAUCAACAACCCUGACUGUAUAAACAUAGCGCGUGACCGCAGGACUGCCGUUCUGCCCCUGAGCAGGUAUCGUUAUCGUUCACAUCUUUCUAAUGUAUUUAGCUCGUUUAAAUUUUCUUGUGUAAUUAACCAGACACGUUCUCGGCCUACUUCCUAAUCGCUACGGUGUGCACUUCUGUAAUUUUCAGUCUUUUCCUGCCUGAUGCUAUUUACAGAGCAGUUUUUGUUAAUUGGUGUUACAUGUUAGUUUCCGUGUGAUAUGAGGCAGGUUCUGUUCAGUUGCCUGUUGCUCAGGAUCUAAAAAGUAAGAUUUUAUCACCUCAUCAUUUCACACCACAACGUGUGGUGAAAUCUUCAGUUCGGUGUUUCAUAACCCCGGGUAAAAAUCCAUACUAACCCUGAUUCUAAAAUAUACGUGUGAAACUUUCCUCCACCUGGGGUUAAAAGUGGGGAUUAGAGGGACAAUAACUCAGGGUUAACCACAAUGUGAAAGGCCCUUUUAAGUAUUCUAGAUUUUGGGCUCAGUCUUUGCAACUAUGAAAUAAAAUAGAGUUAGUUGUGCCUCUGGUUUGUUUAUCAUCUCUCGCAACAAUACUGCCAUCUUCUGGCUGUAAACGUAUUAUACAGAGUAUGAUUAUGUACAAAGGUUUACUUAAAAUUAGCUUAUGAUGACCUAUAUGGCAAGCAUCCAACAACUAUGUUUUAAAAAAAUCCUUUUCGUUUAUGUUACCUUACAAAGUUAUUAAUUUUAUUAAAAAUAUGAUGGUGUUAUUUUGUCGUCAAGAUCAGCAUGAAGCACUAGCGAUAAAAGAAAAAGACACGGAACUGAGAAGCACAGAAAGUAACAGAGAGUUGAAGAGAGAGAGAGAGAGAGAGAGAGAGAGAGAGAGAGAGAGAGAGAGAGAGAGA